AUGUCCAUCAAAUCAAGCGCUGUAUCAUCCAUGGCCCUCUUGUGCUUGGCUCUUCUCAGUUUACCUGGUUCAGCACAGCCAACUACCUCUCCAUUAGGUCCAAAAGGCCUUAACUGGGUGCUUCCUUUUGUGGGUGACUGGAAUUGCUUUCAGCAAGGCGAACCAAACGGAAGCGGUGGAGGUGGUAGUGGUGCUGGCGCAAAUCUCACCUAUUCCAUCAAGAUCACCAAGGAUAAUGUGACCCUGGAUUCCAUUCAACCGAGUCCAUUGCUCACAGCUCACUCCGUCAUUACCUACGACGCCGAGAGCGAAAUCUUCAACUUCACCUAUAGCGACAGUGGGGGGAACAGUGGACCGGGCACGUCGGUUGGAUGGGAGGAAGGGGGUCACUUCCGAUUCAUUACCUGGCCCCUGACCAACCCCGGCAGGCCAGGAGUUCAAGCUCGAACAAUGGACGAUUUUCUCCGACCAACCAACCCUAAUCAAUUUACCGACAAGUUUUACGCCAGCCAAGAUGGCGGUAACACUUGGCUGCCUGCGGGCCAGCUCGACUGUACCCGUGCCCCAAGUGCACAUUAGGGGGACAAAGAUGUUGCACCGGCUUUCAUUCGGUCGCAAGAUUGGCUCAGACUCACGCGAAACAAUUGCUUCAUCAGCCGCCACGACAUUUCCCAUGUUGGCAAUACGAUGACUGGUUUUGAGCUUUACAACGCUUCUAUUUCGCUAUUAUUCGAAGAUUGAUACAUGGAACAUUACAUGUGUUCAGGCAUGAUGAAUCGCUUACUGCAGUUAAAUCCUCUUUUCUGUUCGAGUCUUUCUUUUACACUUUUGUUUUGAGUUUUAAUAAAUCUUAUCUUAUACAG